AAACUUUACACUUGGUGCACUGCAGUCAGGCAAGUAUCGUUCUCCUGCACCACCACCAAAUUCAGACACGUCCAUCGGAUUGCUAGGCAGAGAAGCAUAAUUUGUUACUGCAGAGAACACAUCUCCAUUGCUCUAAAGUCCAGUGGCAGCGUGCUUUACACUACUGCUUCCAAUACUUUACAACGCUUGGAUGCAGCUGCUCGGCCAUGGAAACCUAUUCCAUGAAGCUCUCUAUGCACUGUUGUUGUGCUAAUCUGAAGGCCACUCUGUCAUUUUACGUGGCCUACCACUUCAUGGCUGAGUUGCUGUUGUUCCCAGUUGCUUCCACUGUUACAAUACCACUAAAAGUUGACCGUGGAAUAUUUAGUAGCAAGGAAAUUUCAUGGAUGGACUUAUUGCACAGGUGGUAACCUACCACGGUACCAGGCUUGAAUUCACUGAGCUCCUGAGAGCGACCCAUUCUGUCAUAAAUGUUUGUAGAAGCAGUCUGCAUGCCUAGGUGCUUGAU